AUGUUUUCAAGAAGCAUAAUACUCCAAGCUUCGGCUCUUUUGCCCUUGCUAUACACACCCACCUCCGCACAAAAUGCUUGCAAUAACUCACCCGAUCUUUGCACCCGCCCAUACAACAACAUCACACACUUGGGCGCACACAAUUCUCCAUUCCUCCGGAAUAAAGAGACAUCGUUCUCUACCUCUGGAAACCACUACUACAAUACUACAACGCAACUCGAUGCCGGCGUGCGCCUCCUCUCCGGACAAGUCCACAAAGCUAACGGCACUGGCAACGCAGCAUGGCAUCUUUGCCAUAGCAGCUGCGACCUCCUUGACGCUGGAACCCUAGAGAGCUGGCUCAGCGAAAUAAAAACCUGGAUGGACGCCAACACAAACGACGUCGUAACCCUCCUCCUCGUAAACUCGGACAACGCCUCUCCUGCGGACCUCGGCCCCGUCUUCUCAUCCUCAGGUCUUGACACCCUCGCCUACAGUCCCCCAGAUUUGACCACCACACCGCAAACAUGGCCUACGCUCGACACUCUAAUCGGCAACAACACCCGCUUGAUGUCUUUCGUCGCCAGUCUCUCGAACCCGUCACCCGAGUACCCAUAUCUCAUGGACCAAUUCGUCUACAUGUUCGAAAACGACUUCGAAAACGUCUCUCCCUCGAACUACUCGUGCAACCCCGCCCGCCCGCAAGCCGUCGCUGGAAACCCGUCUACAGCGCUAGAGUCCGGUCGCAUGUUUGUGCAAAACCACUUCUUGUACGAGACGCAACUCUUCGGUAUCCAAUCUCCCAACGAGACCUACGCCAACGUCACAAACGCGGAAACCGGCUUUGGUAGCCUAGGCGAGUCGAUACAGGAGUGCGAGGCUGUGUACGGCAAGCCUGCCAGUUUUGUCAUGGUGGAUUUCUUCAAUGUCGGACCCGCGAUUGCGAGCGUGGAUCGCGCAAACGGCGUCAGUGGUGCGCAGGGGAGGAAGAGUCUCAGCACAGAGGCACUGGUGCAGAGUACGGGUGCAGGUGUCAAGGAGAGAGGAAGCCUACUGGCUGUGGUUCUGGCAGUUGGUGUCGCCGUUUUGUUUGGAGCGUGA